UAUCAGAGAACAGAGAGAACUUGAUUUAGUGGUUUUUAGCAAAGACCAAUUAUUCUUAAGUCAAAAUGAAAUCCAAAAUGUGUUUACUCUUUAUGCUUUUGGGCAUCAAUUGUAUUGAUGCAACUUACAAAGUUUAUUAUUUUCCUCCAUCAAAAGUCUACAAGAAGAAAUGGAUGACAGGCAAUUCAUUGCCUCGCAUGCGUAUGGAUUCUGCAUUAUUCCCAUCAUCCGCCAUCACUGACGCUGGAACUGUUGCCAUGGCAACAGGAAUGCCCGUAGCUAGCGUCAUGUCAAUGGCAAACAGCCCAGUGCAGCGCAGCAUCCUUUUAACCAUGGCUAACUCGGUCCGAAACGCUAUGACGUCACCAUUACGGAACAACAUUGCCAAUCCUAGGCAAUCAACUGCAUCUAUGAUGCCUAAUAACCUAUCAGUGAAUCCGAUGAUGUCUUCAUCAACAGCCUCAACAGAUCCUUUCAUAUCUACAAUGAGCAGUAUAAUGUCUAUGUUGACAAAUUCAAUGAUGGCUCAGAGUAAUAAUCCAAUGAUUUCAUCCACGUCCAGAAGAUUGAUGACUUCUAUGACGCAACCAAUUGCAACAAAGAUGACGGGUAACAACAACGCCAUGAUGGGUAGUGCAAUGACGACAGCAGCUAAUUCUGAAACCACCGCCGCUUUACGAUUUCCCAGUGCGGAUGAAGUACUCAGUUCCGCGAUGACGGAAGCGGUUGGUCAAGCCAGACUCGCCUCGUACCCAAUGAGCAGAUUCUUCGGAUCAAGCUAUUUUUGAACAUUCUGGUGAUGUUUCUUUGCAAAAGACAAGAAUCAUUCUAUUUCGUUUUGAAUCAUAAUUUCAUUUAUCUAUUUUUGCAUUAUUUAUUUUGUGCAUUUAUAUGCUAAUAAAUGUGACAAAUUUAAAUAAAA